UUUUUUGUCGUGUUUUAGUUCAAAUGUACAUAUAAUAUUAUUAUUAUAUUAUCAAUAAUAUAACUGCUUUUUAAGUUUUUCAUGAAGUAUACACCUGUUUUGUGCAUAAUGAUUCUUACAUCAAAGAGAUGCGUCUGAAAUUUUUGAUUAUGUUAUAUUUACCUCUUAUCAGUUCCGCUUUGGCAAAUUUUGCAAUAGACGAUGAUUCUUUGAAAUAUAAUUCUUCGAAUUAUAUAUCUGAUCCGAUAACAAAUGAAAAUAGAACAAGUAGAUUUUUGUUUGAUGCAAUAUUUCGUAUAAGUUCAGGAAUAUCAAAUGUUUUUGGAUAUCAAACAGAUGAGGAUAACGAUUAUAGUGAAGAUAUUGAUGUGAAAAGCUGUGACUGUGAUUGUGGAUUGUCGAAUGAAGAAAUAAGAAUAGUUGGUGGUAAGCCAACUGGUGUAAAUCAGUAUCCUUGGAUGGCACGAAUUGUUUAUGAUGGAAAAUUUCACUGUGGUGGGUCUCUCCUAACUAAAGAUUAUGUAUUAACUGCAGCACAUUGUGUUAAAAAACUUCGAAAAUCAAAAAUUAGAAUUGUUUUUGGAGAUCACGAUCAAUUAAUUACGUCAGAAACAAAAGCAAUUCAAAGGGCUGUGACUUCAAUAGUUAAACACAGAAAUUUUGAUCCGGACACAUACAACAACGAUAUAGCAUUGCUUAGAUUAAGGAAACCGAUUAUUUUUUCUAAAAUAAUUAAACCUGUGUGUCUUCCACGUUACAAUUAUGAUCCUGCAGGUCGCGUUGGCACAGUUGUUGGAUGGGGACGAACAUCUGAGGGAGGUGAAUUACCAUCAAUCGUUAAUCAAGUUAAAGUACCUAUUAUGUCAAUAACAGAAUGUAGAAAUCAAAAAUAUAAAAGCACACGAAUCACAACAAGUAUGCUUUGUGCAGGUAGACCUAGUAUGGAUUCCUGUCAAGGUGACAGUGGUGGCCCAUUACUAUUAUCAAACGGCAUUAAAUAUUUCAUUGUUGGAGUAGUAUCAUGGGGAGUUGGCUGUGGAAGAGAUGGUUAUCCUGGAGUAUAUACCAGAGUGAGCAAAUUUGUUCCGUGGAUUAAAUCCAAUUUAGCGAAUACAUGCUUGUGCUCAUAGAAAUAUUAUUACACAAAUAGUAUACAAUCAUUCAAGUUUUAAUAAUGUUAUAAAAUAUUAUGUUACAUAAUAUCUUGUAUAAUAAAUAAAUAUACAUCAGAGAGUAAAACUCUUCCUUUU